AUGGAGAUAAUUAUUCAACGGCCAUUCAUAAGUUGUAGAUUGAUACAGUUUGGGAAAGAGAGAGAGGUUAAUGCAUUUAAUCUUGGUGGUGUAAUUCUGACGGUUGGAUAUGUUUGUUGGAUCACUGUUGUCUCUGAACCGGACACCCUGUGGUUCAGAACAGUAAAACUGAAAUGUCUUUUUGAGCACUUCAUCGAAUCCUUCUGGGACGGCGAUGAGUUUCUGGGUUCCUUCAUGGCGAAGUGGGUGGUGGCGGCGCUGAGGAAGUGCAUGGUGGUUUGGUGUAUUUUGGCCAUGAGGGAUUCACUUAGCAGCGUGGUGGAAGAGCUUGGGUUGUCUUGUCUUCCUCUGAAUGAGGGCACUUUUGUCCGUUGA